CAGUCUUCUGCCACUCCAGACUCUGUUUGCGGCUGAGACCUGCUGAGAAUAUUGUCCUUUACCAUGGCACGAAAGAUCAUCAUCGACACAGACCCGGGCGUCGACGAUGUACUGGCCAUGCUCUUGGCUCUUUCUGCUCUACCAGAAGAGCUCGAGGUGCUGCUGCUAUCGGUAACGUAUGGCAACAUCGAUGUCCAAAACUGCCUGAGGAAUGUCGUCUCGAUGUUCUUCCAUAUCGAGAAAGAGAUUGAGUGGCGGCAGGCUCAAGGGAAACCGUUAGGUUUCGAUGCUCUUCGCAAGACAAAACCCAUCGUUGCUGUCGGUAGCGAACACCCAUUGACCGAUCAAAUGCUCAUGGCCGACUUCUUCCACGGUAGAGAUGGGCUCGGGGGCAUUCACGGCACACAUCCACAUAUGACACCCGACGAAACCUGGAAGAGCUUGUUCGAGAAAGCAUCAAGCUCCAGUGCCGAUGCAGACAAGGAAAUUGCAACUGAGCUCCGCAGUGAACAUGCCAUGUUUACGGCCUCGAAAGCCUCGGCAGUCGACGAGAUGCUUCGCUUACUUCGAGAGAAUGAAGCAGACACCAUUACGAUUGUAGCUGUCGGUCCUCUGACCAAUUUGGCACAUGCCGCCGCCCUGGAUCCCGAGACAUUUCUCAAAGCAAAAGAGAUUGUUGUCAUGGGCGGCAAUGUCACAGAAAUUGGCAACAUGACACCCGUCGCCGAGUUCAAUACGUUCGCCGACUCCGUCGCUGCGGCUCGUGUAUACGCUCUGACGUCGCCCACCCCAAAGACGACCAUGCCGCCCACUCCACCUACCCCUGUAGCACCGUCGCACACAGAUCAAGCCCCUCCCUACCUCGCAGACUAUCCCGAGCACCUGUCCCGCCAGCUCACCGUAUCGUUAUUCCCACUCGACAUCACCAACCGCCACGAAAUCACCCGCGGUCUCUUUCGCACAUUGAGUGAACCUCUCAUCCAAUCCGGCUCCCCUCUCGCGCACUGGGUGUCCGCAUUUUUGCAUUCAACCUUUGACAAAGUCGAAUCCCUACAACAAGAUGUUGUGGGCGAUGCCGUCGGUCUACAACUCCAUGACCCUUUAUGUAUCUGGUAUUGCAUGGCGGCGGAUCACGCUUCUUCACAAUGGCACCUGAAACAAGACGAGGAUCUCCGCGUCGAGACUUCUGGUCAAUGGACACGAGGCAUGUGUGUCGUGGAUCGCCGGACCAGGAAAAAGCGCCCGGAAGGCGACGAGGGCGAACGGCCGGGCGACUCGGGAAAUUGGCUUUCGUUGAGAGGGGGAAAUCGAAUCAGGAUUUGUACGGGCACGCCACAGACUGUGGAGCAGCAGGGACAACAUUUUGGUGAGGUCUUGGUUAAGCGGAUAUUUGCUUUGUGAUGUUGGUCUUGAUCGGGAUUGAUUAUCAGGAAGCCAGACAGAAAGCCAGACAGACAGACUAGGUGGCAAUGGAGAAUUGCUUUUGGUAGAAGAAGCUGCCACAGGAGCUUACUAUCCUCAUCCAUUCAUUUAUUCAUUCCAC